GUUGCAGCAUAAUGUUCUUUAAAUAGGUGUUGUACUUGUGUGCUGUUUUUACCGGAACUCCUCGCUGUCGUCGCGUACAACUUCAUCUCUGAAGCUUGUUGUACACAGACAGAUGUAGGUGGAGCAAACCAGGCGACAGAACAGCACUGUCAAGAAGUUUUUUUGAGUCCUCAGUGCCGUGUUUGCAACGUCUUUUAGCUGAAAAAAUAAACAACGGAUAAAGAGUCGUGUCGUCGGACUCAGACACAGCCAUGGACGGUGUGUAUGGAUGGGGUCUGGCCUCACUCACCCCAGUCCAAACAGCGAACCCCUUCAUAGAGAUCAUUGAGCAGCCAAAACAGAGGGGGAUGAGGUUUAGAUAUAAAUGUGAGGGACGUUCAGCCGGCAGCAUACCCGGAGAAAAAAGCAACGACACCACCAAGACCCACCCAGCCAUUAAGGUGCACAACUACAGUGGCCCCCUGCGUAUUCGUAUCUCCUUGGUGACGAAGAAUUCACCGCACAAGCCUCAUCCCCACGAACUGGUUGGGAAAGACUGCAAACACGGUUACUACGAGGCCGACCUGCAGGAGAGACGAAUACACAGUUUUCAGAAUCUGGGCAUACAAUGUGUGAAGAAGAAGGAUGUGAAUGAAGCCAUCACAUGUAGGCUGCAGACCAAUAAUAACCCCUUCAACAUUCCCGAGGCGAAGGUGUGGGAGGAGGAGUUUGACCUGAAUUCAGUGCGACUUUGCUUCCAGGCCUCCAUUACUCUGCCUACAGGGGAGCUGUUUCCUCUUGAUCCCGCGGUAUCACAGCCCAUCUAUGACAACAGGGCCCCAAACACAGCUGAGCUGAAGAUCUGCCGAGUCAACCGCAACUCUGGUAGCUGCAAAGGAGGGGAUGAAAUCUUUCUGCUCUGCGACAAAGUGCAAAAAGAGGACAUCGAGGUGCGUUUCUUUCAGGACUCUUGGGAGGGAAAGGGCACUUUCUCCCAAGCUGAUGUCCACAGGCAGGUGGCCAUUGUGUUCCGCACACCGCCUUACCGCGACACUAACCUCACUGAGCCCAUUAGAGUCAAGAUGCAGCUCCGCCGGCCCUCUGACCGCGAGGUCAGCGAGCCAAUGGACUUCCAGUACCUGCCCGCUGACCCAGAUGAAUACAGGCUGAGUGAGAAGAGAAAACGUACAGGGGACAUAUUCCAGGGCCUGAAGCUGGGGCCCGGGCUGGCGAGUGUGUCCAUUCCCGCAGAUAGAAGGCACAUAAGCCCGGCAAGGAGAACAGUCAAGCCUGUACCAAUGACUGCACAAGCUGCAGUGGUGCCCCCUGGUGCCAGUGGAGCGAAACCCCAGCCCGCCUUCUCUUACAUCCAGCCAGGCCAGCUCUUCUCAGUCCAGCCUAAGGUAGAGGCCUCCCCCUCCAUCUCCACUACAACCACAAAUCAAACAUGGAAGAUCAUGGAGAGUCUGAACCUAGGCCCACAGCCCAAAGCCACUGCAGUGCCCAGCUUCACAAUGAGUCAGGCACCAGCCUCCUCCUCUACCACCACCUCCACCGCCAACCAGGACUACUCAACCGUCAACCUGUCAGACCUUCAUGAAUUCUUCCCCAACAUUUCCUCAGCCAUGUCCCAGGAGUCAGCAGCUUCACAGGGAAGCACGGCCUCCGCCCAAGCCAACAGCUCCUUCACCCUCCAGGGCUCUCAGUUCCGGGUGGACGCGCCACUGGCAGAGGAGGAUAUCCCAGAGUUCCCUAGCUUUCCUGAAACCCAGGCUCAAGGUACCCUGGACAGCCUAAACAUGGAUGACUUUGUGGACCUUCUGAACCCCCGCCUCAUGAGCGAGAGUGGAAACGGCGCCUCGAUGUUGGCCCAAGCUUCAUGCCAACAAGCUGCCCCUGCCAGCUCCUCAACCGCCGCCCAGAACACUUCUGACCCUGCCAGCAACCCAGGAAGCACUUGGAUGAAUUAUCCCAACAGCAUCGUCAACUUGCUCCAGAAUGAGGGAAUGAUUGACGUUGCAUCCAACAACAACAACCACCGGCCUGUCAUGCUGGAUGAAUUUGAUGAGUUAAUGUCAGCUGACGAGGAUCGUCUUAUUUCCAUUUUUAACAGUGGAAGCCAAGCUGGUUUCGUGUCAGGACACCCGACUUAAAGGUUGUCCCUGUGAUUUUUUUUUUUUUUUUUUUUUUUUUUU